AUGGACAGCGCCCCCAUCGCGCCCCUCCGGGCCUCCUACAAGGAGGAGAUCAAGAAGCGGCACGAGACAGCCGUCGUCGGCGCCGUGCUCGAGCACAAAGAGACGAGGGAGCCCAUGGGCGAGUGCCGGCUGUGGAUGUUCAGCCAGAAGAACCGCGAGGCGGAGGUCUCGAUGUGCCUCGCGCCCGAGUGGCAGAAUAGGGGCUUCGGCGCGGAGGUGCUGCGGUUCCUGGUGCGGUACGCGUUCGAGGGGCUGGGCGUGCAUCGCGUGAGCUUGAGCGUGUUCGAGGGGAACGGGAGGGCUAGGAGGAUGUACGAGAAGGUAGGAUUCAUCGAGGAGGGUAGGUCGCGGAAGAGCAAUUGGGUGGACGGCCAUUGGGAAGACCUGAUCAUGAUGGGCAUGUUGGAGAGCGAGUGGGGGUCUUGGAGAAGUUCCGCGAAUUGA